AUGAAGACGUAUAGUAGACGAGGUAGGUCGGCACCUGUGAUUUCGUAUUCAAAGUUGCGAACGCCAGAUUUCUCAUUGAGUGACAAUGACGAUCAGGAUCUGAGUGACGACAGUUUCGACGGUGGUGACGGUAAUGACGUGAUAGAUGAAUCUAACGAUAGCGCUAAAACUGAAGUUGAAAUAAUUAUAUCCUCUAAAGCUGCUUUUAUUGAGGAAGCUGCUGAGUUGGAAUUAACCACGGACAAGAAUGACCCCCCAGAUAAUGAAUUGGAGACUGUGGACAAUUUGCAUACUACUGAGGAGAUUCAGGAUCAGGAUGAUCAUUUGAUAGCAUUUGACUUCAUGGAUUCCACGAAAAAAGUGAAAAGGAGAAGAACAAAUUACAAACGUACAACAAUGGAUGUCGAUAGUGAAGACAAUAGUCCCAUAAGUAAAAAAACUUCCACAAUGAAGAAAGUUGUCGAGGAUGUCGACGAUUUUUUAUCUAAUCUGAAACCAUUUAAUGAAGAGUAUCUUCAAAAAAUGAUAGAAAAUGAAUUAUUAAAAGAGACAAACGAUCAAGAUUGCACUGAAGCUGACAAUACAAUCAGUUCACAAAGAGUUUACAAUAACAAAAGAACUAUAUUACAUAAAACGAAUGAAUUUGAAAAAGAUGUUGCUGAUGAUGAUGAAAGUGGACAGCUAGAUGAACAUGAAGAUGGGCAUAGUGAUCGAACAAUAAAAAACGACGUCACGUAUCAUUAUAACGAAUUGAAAAAUAUGGGGUCCUCUAUUAAAUAUCAGGAAGAUCUAGAAUUUUUAACAUUCAAUGGAAGUACAGAUAUGAAAAUUUCUUCAUUUGCUUCAAAAUUGCUUAAUUUUAUAUAUGCAAUUGACAAUGACCAAAGCUUUCUUGAGUACAUUCAAAAAAAUCACGAAUCUAAACUGCUAGAUUGGUGUUUCACUAAAAAUGUGCUAGAUAUUCCUGAAUUACUGGUACUACAGGGGGCAUUAAUGUAUAAGUUGAACAUUAAACUUGCCGAUAAUAAUAUUCAUAAAAUUGCCAAUUUAGGGGCAUUUUUAAUUGCAUUGAGUAAGAUUGAAGGUAUCCCAAACAGUUCAAAGAUCUUUAAAAGCAAUAAGCUUUUGAAUUUAAGUUAUCAAGAUUAUUUGGAAAAACGUAAUAUUGGAGAAGAUGGGCUUUUUUAUUCAAUCAAACUCUGGGAACGAUAUAAUACUGCAUUCAAAGGGUCACAUCCGACCAUUAAAAGGCUACUUGAAAUUAUAAAAAAAGGUGAUAUCAAUAUUGCUUUUCUAAUUGUUUUAGAAACAGUAUUAUCCUUAGUUAACUUUCGAAAUGAAAGAGUUUCCAUCAAUUUAUCCAAAACAGUCGGUCCGCUAGUCACAAAUUUUAAUGGUUUCAAGGAAAACGACAAGUAUGUUAAAAAUUUGAUAUUGUUAACUAACGAAGAUACUAUUCUGGUGAAGAUCCCACAGGGAGAGAAAAAUAGUAUAUUCCUUAAUUCAUUCAAUUUUGUAUUAUCAAACAUAAAUGAGGCAGAAAAUCUUGAUAUACUCUUAUUGCAUCUAGGAUUGUGUCUCAAUGUUAUCAAUGAAUGUGAUGGUUCGAUACGGAACUUGGACCAGCUGUGCUCAACAGCUGGAGAAAUUAUAAUGAGCAAUCACGUUAGGAUAACGAAUAAACUUAUGCGAGGAUUGAUUUGUCUCAAUCUUACUUUUCUGAUUAAACUAGAACCAAGCAAUAAAAUUGAUGAUGAGAUGAAAACGCAAUUGACUCAUGAAUUGAAUAUAUUCGAGGAACAAACGGGCAUUUUCAAUAAAAGUAUUAACGAAAAAGUCAAACUUGCAUUAAAAAAAAUAUUAUAUAAUUAA